AUGACGCGUGGAGCAAUAGCGGGCGAUGGCGCGUGGAGCAGCGGGAUCUGCAGCGUGGUGCGGAUCUGCAUGCCGGCACGGUGGAAUACUGUGGCUGCUGAUUCACUCCCCAGUGGCAUAAGAUCAUGCUACAAGGCUAUUUACGCCACUACGAAUGAGAUCGCAGAUAUGGUAGAAGAGGAGCGUGGAUUCAAUCCCGUCAAUCAUCUCAGACAUGCAUGGGCGGUGCUGUUUGAUGGAUUCAUGGUAGAGGCAAGAUGGCUGGCAACCGAUCAGGUUCCUACCGCAGAAGACUACCUGAGAAAUGGUGCUGUCACUUCAGGAGUGCCGCUUACAUUAGCGCACAUAUUCGCCAUGCUAGGUUAUGAUCAAAGUAAUGAAGCUGCAGAGCUCGCUGACCACAUCCCUUCCAUCAUCUCUUGCCCGGCCAAGAUCCUCAGGCUUUGGGAUGACUUGGGCAGUGCAGAGGAUGAAGCACAGGAAGGACUGGACGGAUCAUACAGGGAUUUCUACCUGAUGGAAAACCCUAGCUGCACUCAGGCCGACGCCGAAGAACAUAUGCGUGGCUUGAUCGCGAGGGAGUGGGAGGAGCUGAACAGGGAGUGCUUCUCCAGGAGGACCUUCGCAUCUAGGUUCACGCAGGUUUCCUUGAACGCCGCCAGGAUGGUCGGCAUCAUGUACUCGUACGACAAGGAUGGUCGGCUCCUUGUUCUCGAGGACUACGCGAGGAUGCUGCUGCUUUGA